AGAUCAGCAUCGACAACUGAUUUGGCAACAGUCGAUGAUGAGAUACGAAUUGGGGAAAUUGAAACGGGAUUAAAGCAACUUGAGCAGCGCAUAUCCGGUAUUGAAAUGCGCAUUCAGGAGGAUCUUGAAGCGGAACAAAUUGGCAUCCCGGUUAGUAUUAUUGCUGAAAUAGUAGUGCAGUCGUUAACAGCAAAGUAA